AUGGAGAAACAGGCUUCCCCCGUGGCCAUCCAGCGCAGCGUCUGGGAUGGGCGGAUACCAUUAGAGAUCGUCCUUGCACCUUCUGAAAGCCGAACAUUUGAUAAGACUGAUCCAUACCUUAUCGCCUGUCAUCGUGUCUCAUAUCUCCCCUCGCUGCUACCAAGGCUUCGAGCAUUCUUCUCAACCUCGUUGAUUGAGCCUGACUCUCAACAUCACGAAGGCUGGUUCGCUUUCGAAGGCGUACCUUUAAAAUGGCACUAUCCCAUCGGCCUACUAUUUGACCUCUACGCCGGCGCAGAACCCGCGACCAGAAGUAUUACCUCAAGCCCCGACCCACAGGAGCAUGGAUCACCGCUCCCAUGGCGCCUGACUAUCCACUUCAGCGACUGGCCCGUCGAAGACCUCGUCCGUCUCGACCCGGAUGGAAUGGUCAUGAAUGACGCGUUUAUCAAUAGCGUUAAAGAAGCAGAUUUCCUGCGCAACGGCACAGCGAAAGGUAUCAUGAGUCUUUCCAAGGAGGACUCUUCCGGCCUAUGGAAGGCCGUCGAGAAUGUGGACCUCCCAUCCUUUCAGCGAAUUUCGAAUACUCUUCUCCCUCCGCCAUCACAACCGUUUCGCAAUGUACCUGUUCGCAUAUUCCUCCCGCUUCCGCCAGAUGAGGAUUCUCCGUUGUUGAAGGUGGUGCAGACUCCGCUUCCUCCGUUUAUACCGACAUCGAGUGUUCAGGCUAGUCAAUCCAUCAGUGCGCGGUCCAGCCCAAGUACACAGCCUCAGACUGUCGGUAGUGUUUUAAAUAUGUUGCUUCCGAAUCUGUUCCCGAGUAGGCGGACUCCAGUACUUGCAAAGCCUGUGCUGCAUGGAGCGGUGCUUCCUAUGUCUGCACCCAUCGAAGAGGUGGUGAGGUGCUCUGCAUAUGGAGAUGGUUGGGCAUAUAUCGUUGUGCGAAUGAUGGGUUGA